GAAGGAAGAAAACAUCCGUAGGCGACGUCUUCUCAUAUUCAGAGAAUCUCUUGCCACAGCAUGUUUAAAAUCUAAAAAGUUAUCGCCGCUUGAAGACAUGGACUCCCCGCCGCCUUGGUCAUCUCUCCGCCUUCUAAUUCCCCCUGUGCGGCUGAUCUCAGCCUGUAUGUGGCAGGUAGCCCAAGAACAACACCUGGAGCAUUAUGAGCAUCUGGAGAACUUUGUCACUUUGGUCACCAAGAUUGUCCCCAAUGUGCUAAGCCAGAGGCAGAGGAGCACGCUUAUCAUGGGGCUCCGUGCAAAGGUGUUGUUGGAGAUGUGCAGAGGCGAUUUGCCUGUUGAUUCGGACACCAUCAAGAAACGACUGCAUCAAAUGCAGCCUACUGAUCAUGUGAAGUCAAACCAUUCAGAAAUGAACACUUUUCAAAGGGACUUGUCGAGUCUUAUUUUCAAUUUGUUGGAGGACCCAGCCAAGAAGGAAGAUUUUUUUCAGAGAGUCUAUCCCGUGGAAUAUGGACCUGACUUUGACAAAGCUCUUCAGGUUCUGGUGUGCUAUUUCCUUUCAAGACUGGAUCAACUUCUCCCUGUGCCAAAUUUUAAACAGGUUGCGUCUUGGAUGAAGAGCUCCUGUGUGUGGGAUGAAUGUGAGCAGUACAUGUGUCAUCAGACAGAGGACCUCCAACAUCUCCUGCAGCAGAACCGUCACAGGUCUUUGGACAACAACGGCCUUCCAUCUAUAGUGGAGGACAGAGUCAUCUCUGCAUUGUCACUGCCCCCUAGUGUGGACUUGCCUCACAGUAAGAGCAUCUUUCAGAGGGAGGCCUGCGUGGUCACUCUGAGCCCCUCUCCUCAGCCGGCAGGAGAGCUUCACCAGGACUCCCAAGGUCUCAACACAACCUCAGCUGCAAACAGAGAUGGAGAACUGGAGCAGGGCAAGCCUCGGAAAGAUGUUGAGACAGAACGGGAUCAAAGAGUCUCUGAGGAGAGGGGGAGUGAGACUACAGCUGUUUCCAUUACUUCACGUUUGUCUCAAAAGAAGUGUGGCCGUAAGGCCAAAGUGCUCAAGCCGAAGGCCAGCAAGACACGACCAUCCCAAGAAUCAGCCCAGAAAGUAACUCCCUUGCUGCUCUCCGGUAUUUCCAGCAACCGCCAACAUGACCCCAAAGGGAAGGUCCGCUUGCCACCAGUAGGCCAAUGGAAGAGGCCCACUCUUUCUCAGCGGGCCCAGAAGCAGUGCCCCCAUUGCAGCAGGAGCUUCGCCUACUACUCCGAGUUCCUACGACACCAGCGGCAGUCUCACCAGCGGCUGUACCUCCGCAAAGCCGCCACCUUCCCAUGCGGGGACUGCGAGAGGACCUUCGACUCCCUGACCGCCCUGAAGCAGCACCAGAAGCCCAAGAAGAAGCCCAUCAAGUGCUCCCGCUGCGGCCAGACCUUCGAGCGGCUCUGCGGCUUCAUGAGCCACCAGGCCACCCAUCAGGAUGACCCACCCGAUCCGACUCCUGCGUCUGCUCCGUCCACCUCCACGGAGGAGAGGCCCACGGCGGACAUCGAGGACGAGCCUGUGACCAAAAUCAGCGCCACCGAGUGUCGCUUCUGCGGGCUGAACUUCUUCACCACGCUGGAGCUGAAGGACCACCUGAUGACGCACACGGAGCUCAACCCCCACCGCUGCAGCCUGUGCCACAAGAGCUUUGCGCACCGGUACACCCUGGUGGCUCACAUGGCCAUGCACAAGGGCGACAAGCCCUGCCUGUGCGAGACCUGCGGGAAAUCCUUCUACACGAUCCAGCACCUCAAGGCGCACAUGAAGCUACACAAAGUCAGCAGCGAAAAGGCCACUUGCCCGUACUGUGGUAAAACGCUGAGCACCGAGCAAAACCUCCGGACCCACAUACGCAUCCACACAGGAGAGAGGCCGUUUGUGUGCGCGCAGUGCGGCAAGGGCUUCAACGAGGCCGCCACCCUGCGCACGCAUAUGCUCUGGCACUCGGGCGAGAAGCCGUUCAGGUGCGGCGUGUGCGACAAGGCGUUUGUCACCAAAAGCCUGCGCAACUGGCACCAGCGCAGUCACACGGGGGAUAUCCCGCGACGCCACGUCUGCAGCACGUGCGGGAAGACGUUUGUGCGGCGCGCAUGCUGGAAGAAGCACCUGGUGGUGCACACAGGGGAGAGGAAUUUCAGGUGUCCGCUGUGUCCCAAUACUUACAAGCGUAAAUCGCACCUCGAUAUACAUAUUAAAAAACACAACAAUGAUAUGUACAGCUGAGGAGAAGCGGUUUGAAAAGACCUAGCCUGAUUGGUUGUUGUUGAGUGGAACUCAAGGUUUUCUUUCAAUGUAUUAAGAAAUGCAACAUGGAACUCUCCAUACAGCAAGUCAUGCAUAUAUCAUCAAUUAUCUAAACAUAAUCUGAAAAGAAUUAUUUUCCAAAUAUCAAACAUUUUUGUCGUUUGAUAUUGCUUCAAUUUCAUUUGUAAUUUACAGUAAAAUUAACUACAUUUAAACCAUGUAACUUCAUGCUGUUAUUAACCAGUAUAAUGAAUGGUUAUAUUAUAUGAAUGCAUAUGUAUUAUGAAAGCAGCAGCUCCUCGCUUAUCAUUUUCAUUCUUGGGCAAUUCUGUGUAUGACAAUGGUGUAAAGCCAAAUAAGUUGAAUAACAGUUCAUGCUACUACAGUUUGGAUAUUGUUAUGUAUGGGUCAACUGGUUAAGUGAAGUGCCCCAACGUUUUUUCUCCUGUCACAAUUCAUAAUUGCACAUUUGUUGAAAAUGUAUGGAUAUGUGUCUUCUGCCUCACCACUUGAGAUUGUAGUUACAAUCUGUAGUUACAAGUUGAUGCUAUGUGUGUGAGGUAGGCUAUGUGACUGUCUACUGUCUAGCGACUUCUGAUUAAAAACGUUUGAACAUCA